AAGGGACUUGGACAUCCCUGCAUUUGGUACCCAUUGUGAUCCUGGAACCAGUCCUCCCAGGAUACAGGGACGAUUGCGGAGUCCUUUGGAAUAGGAUCUAAACAGCACGGAACCAAUACAUAACCUGUUCCAAAUAUUUGGCUUCUGGGUCAUGUUCAUACAGCAUGUAACGUGACUGUUAGUAUAGCACGGUCAUCAAUUACAAGGGUACUGAGCAGUUUCCUUCCAAAAAGUUCAGAGAUUGCGCCGCCUAAAAGAUUAGGAACAGCACCAAGAGAGAUCAGCCCUGGAGCGCGGGGAUGCUGAUGGGAGAGGGGAGGAAGGGUGGGGAGUCCCGCUGUGGUCCCCAUCCCCGGGAGGGGCGGCCCAAGCCCAAGCCCAAGCCCACAGGAGGUCGUCCUUCUGCCAGUAACAGAUUAAUCUUGGCUUGGAGGAAAAUUCUAAAUCAUUGUUUAACAUUAGUCAGACUUCUGCGGAAAAGGACGGCCUGACAUUACCUUAAUUAAAACGCCAGUAAAGACUCCUGACGACCGAGGCGUGAGCGCAGGGUGCGGACCCGCGGGCGCCGUCUGCGCGCCCAGGAGGUCGCGGGCUCCGGCUCCCUGGUAGCCCCGUCCUCCCACCCGCCUCCGCUCGCUUCUCAGUGGCCACUGCCGGCCGACCCGGGUGCCCAUUGGCUGCCCCGACACCCGCUUCUUCUAUAAGGGGCGCGCGUGCUGGUCCUCGGGCUGACCCUGCUCCCAGACGGUGGCGCCGGAGGUGAGUGGGGUGCGUCUCACCCGCGGGAACCUGGGGACGCCGUCGAGGAUUUAGGGGAGCUUGGGUGGCCCGAGGCGGGGGACAGAGACCUUCUGGGGAGGUUGAUAGCACCCGGGAGCUGGGCCUGCUGGGUCACAGUUGCACCCCUGGGGGGCUUUGGAGAGAAAAGACACUGUAUCUGUGUGUCAGAAACGGGGUCUUCACUGGUUAUCUUCCCCCCGACACACACACUGGUUAUCUUACUUCACCUUCUCAACAAACCCUGCGAGGUAGAUAAUCUCUUGCAUUUUAUAGACGAGGAAACUGGGGCUCAGAGAAACCCAAAUCUGUGUGACUGAUUGCACGUCGCAUCAGCAGGCAACGUCUGUCUUCUUUUCCUUUCCAUCAAAGGGCAGCAUCUGUUUUCCUUCUUCUCUCAUACAGUGAACUGUCAGAUUCCUCCAAAAAAAAAAAGGAAGCCUCAGACGCCAAGCCCCUCAGUGUCACACCUACCCUCGCUACCGCCAUCCUUCCCAACAGAAGACUAAGUGCUUGGUACGAGGUUGCCAUUGACAACGAAGCGUAGGUUCUUGAAGUUCAGAUAUAGUAAAUAGUCCAUUUUUAGAGGAUCGCUCCAGAUUCAUCAUGAUCGAAGACAAUAAGGAGAACAAAGACUAUUCCUUGGAAAGAGGGAGAGCAACUCUCAUUUUUUCCUUGAAGAAUGAAGUUGGAGGACUUCUACAGGCACUGAAAAUCUUCCAGGAGAAGCAUGUGAACCUGUUACAUAUCGAGUCCCGAAAAUCGAAGAGAAGAAAUUCAGAAUUUGAGAUUUUUGUUGACUGUGAUAUCGGUAGAGAACAACUGAAUGAUAUUUUCCAUCUGCUGAAGUCUCAUACUAAUGUUCUCUCUGUGAACUCACCAGAUAAUUUUACGGUGAAGGAAGAUGGUAUGGAAACUGUUCCUUGGUUUCCAAAGAAGAUCUCUGACUUGGACUUUUGUGCUACCAGAGUUCUGAUGUAUGGAUCUGACCUUGAUGCCAAUCAUCCUGGCUUCAAAGACAAUGUGUACCGUAAAAGACGAAAGUAUUUUUCAGAGUUGGCUAUGAAUUAUAAACACGGAGACCCCAUUCCCAAGGUUGAAUUCACCAAAGAAGAGAUUAAUACCUGGGGAACUGUUUUCCGAGAGCUCUACAAACUCUACCCAACCCAUGCCUGCCGAGAGUACCUCAAAAACUUACCUUUGCUUUCUAAAUAUUGUGGCUAUCAGGAAGAUAAUAUUCCACAACUGGAGGAUGUCUCAAACUUUUUAAAAGAGCGCACAGGGUUUUCCAUCCGUCCUGUGGCUGGCUACUUAUCACCAAGAGAUUUCCUAUCAGGUUUAGCCUUUCGAGUUUUUCACUGCACUCAGUAUGUGAGACACAGUUCAGACCCUCUCUAUACCCCAGAGCCAGAUACCUGCCAUGAACUCUUAGGUCAUGUUCCACUCUUGGCUGAACCUAGUUUUGCUCAAUUCUCCCAAGAAAUUGGUCUGGCAUCACUUGGAGCUUCAGAGGAGGCUGUUCAGAAGCUGGCAACGUGCUACUUUUUCACUGUGGAGUUUGGUUUGUGUAAGCAAGAUGGGCAGCUAAGAGUCUUUGGUGCUGGCUUGCUUUCUUCUAUCAGUGAGCUCAAACAUGCACUUUCUGGACAUGCCAAAGUAAAGCCCUUUGAUCCCAAGAUUACUUGCAAACAGGAAUGUCUUAUCACAACCUUUCAAGAUGUCUAUUUUGUAUCUGAAAGCUUUGAAGAUGCAAAGGAGAAAAUGAGAGAAUUUGCCAAAACAACUAAACGUCCAUUUGGGGUGAAGUACAAUCCAUAUACUCAGAGUAUUCAGAUCCUGAAAGACACCAAGAGCAUAACCAGUGCCAUGAAUGAGCUGCGGCAUGAUCUUGAUGUCGUCAGUGAUGCCCUCACUAAGGUCAGCAGGCAGCUGAGUAUGUGACAGUCACCCUCCUAAUCCAGAAGACAUUUGAGCAUCAAUUCAGAGCCUGUGGGCCAACUCUUGCUUUUCCUGAAGACCUGAUUGUGAAGGGACAGAAGCUUCUGGCAAAACAAUAUUCUCUAAUCUCACUGCUUAAUGAAUCAUUGGUCUCUUUUUUUUUUUUGGUCUUUGUUUUUUGUUUGUUCGUUUGUUGUUGUUGUUUUGUUAACUGCUGUAGUGAAAUAUAAUUUAUAUACCAUAAAGUUCACUGACCACCUCUCUUUUUGAGGCCAGGGCUUGCUGUGUAGCCCAGACUGGCCUUGAACUUGCAGUUCUCUUGCUUCAGCCUCUCAAGUUGCUGGGAUUACAGGUGCAUGCCAUCAAGCCCAAGUGACCACUCAUUUUUAAUAGAGAAGUUGUUUGGCCUAAAGAGUAGAUCUAGUCUCCGCGUAACUCUUAUUUUCUCCAUCCUUCCUGAGUAAAAUGAACGAUCUGGCCGCUUAGAAUACCUUGGUGAGUGUUGUGAAGUUGACCCCAUAUUGUUACCAGUGUCUGUUACUUAGCGCUGAAUUUGUGCCAGCCGUGAUCACAUUCACUCAUACACUUAAACUUAAGAGGGGACCAGCUCUGUCUGCUGCUAGAUGAGUAAAGAGAUCUCUAUGGAGCAUGCCCAGCAAAGUGUGCAUAGUCCAGGUUCAGGGGUAGUGUCUUAAUGGGAUACAGCAGUAGGUAAGAUUGGAAGGGUUGGUUGCGGUGUAAUUCUUAGGAUUAGGCUAUGAAUUUCACACUUGAUUUUGUAGGCACUAGAAAGGCCCUUCCCAAGUGAUCCUCCUCCUUGAAACUUAUUCUUUUCUAUGACAUUGUGUCCUACUGGUUUUGUCCUAGAUUAUCUGUCCUACUCAUGAGGCCCAGGGGACUGUGGUGGGGAGGACAUUUGGACGGCCUUGUGCUCAGACAUGCAGUCCUGCUAUCGCAGUGGUGUUGUCCUCAGGCUAGCAGGAGGCAGUUUUGUCAAAGGGAGAAUUCAGACUGAGACAGUGGAGAAAAACACACAGUGGAUGUUGGAAAAGCAACUGUGUACUUUAUUUCUGAGGCCAAAAAUAAGAAGGCAAACAGUAAGGGUAGAGGGGGAGGAAAAGGAAUGUUAGAAACUUUGUCAAGAAGAGUAUUUUAGUAGGUCUGAGCCUAUAAAUAUGCAAAGGUUUCAAGGAUCAGUUUUUUUUCUUCAUGGUGUCACCUUGGUAACAUAGGGAUAGGCAAUUGUGUUACCUUUUUGUUACUGUAGCAAAAUACCUGAACAAUCAACUAAGAAAGAGGAAAAAUUUAUUUUGGCUCACAAUUCUAGAGGUUUCAGUCAAUGGUUGGUUGGCCCUGUUGCUUUUAGGCCUGUGAUGAGGAAGCAGAUGCUGGGAACAUCUGAAAGAGGAAAACCAUUCACUUUAUGUUAGGGUAGGGGAGAGAGGGGAGAGACUAGGGUCCCACAGACUGUUCAAGGGCAUACCUUCAAUGACCGGAACAGGUCCUGCUAGACCCUACCUCUUAAAGUUUCCACUGUCUGCCAAUAGCACCAAGCUGAGGACUAAGCCUUUAACAUAUGGGCUUUUGGGGGCCAUUUAGAUGCAAACCUUAGCAGCAGUUGUGUUAUAAAUGGGUGAACCUGGACUCCCAGCGAUAUGCUGGGCCUCUUUAAUUUGCUCUUUUUACUCCCCCAUCCCCUAAAUGGAGAUGGACCUCAAGUUUCUGUCUGUAGCACUCUUCCUUCCACUAUCUCUUCAUGAGGAUUGUCAGUCAUACCCUUGAAUUCAGUUUUAAUUUUGGAUUACUCAUACAUUUUCAGUUUUAACUCUGACAUCUUUCUUGAGUGUUUUUUUGUGGUUUUUUUGUACCAGGGAUCGAACUCUGGACCUUGUGGUUUUGAGGCAGCCGCUGGAAUCACUGAGCUAAAUAAACCCCCGGCCCCUUCUUUCUUGAGUUUUUGCCUCUUAAUUCUAGCUGCUUGCUAGUUAUUUCCAUCUAGAUGUCCCUCAAAUUAGGCCAAUGUCACACAGCAUCAUGUGGCCCCAUUCACACUGAAUGAAAUGAGUUGUGCAGUGUGGCAAACCUGCCAAUAUCAAAUUCAACAGGUCCAAAGAGGAACUCAGAAUCACUGGAAUAUUCACCCCAUUUGCUUUCUCUAAUUUCUGGUGAUGGUAUAUUAGGGGUCAUAUUUCAGUUGGUUGUCCUGGUGUAAUCAGCUACUUAAAAAAUCUCUCCCUUUAUUUUUUCACAAUAGUCAAAUGGCAUACCAUUUAACAUGCUUUAUUUCAAAAGACCACUAGACUUUUAAUCAUUUAAAGAUUUCAAAAGAAAUUAUGAAAAGUUUUAAAAACCAAAUUUCAUUUCAUGUCAUAUAAGGAAACAGAAUUUGGAAGAGUAAUUCGUGCUACUUCAGAUCUUUACUUAUACAUUUUAAUAGCUAACAACUGUUAAGUAUAUGUUUGAUAGUAAAUAGAUCUGUUAAUCUAAAAUCCUUUGAAAUACUGAUUCACUAGUUUGUCUACUUUGAUGCAAGGAAAUCUAUUAUAAGGAAACCCUAAUAGAUAGUAAAUAGCAAAUUAUGCAUGCAGCAUCUAUUAUUUUCAGACAAAUGUGAUCAUGGUGAAGAAUCAGUUUGAAUUUUAAAACAAUGAUAUUUAAAAAUCACUUUUUAUGGGCUGGGGAUUUAGCUCAGUGGUGCUGUGCCUGCCUCGCAAGUGCAAGGUCCUGAGUUCAAUCCCUGGGACCAAAAAAAAAAAGAAAAAAAAAUCACUUUAUGACUAAAGAAUAUUAAAAUAAAUGUUAUAGACUCAACCCUAUAUGUAAUUCACAACUUCAGAACAAUGGAAAUAUUUAAUAAUGAUUUUCAGUUCUUCUUAAAUAUGGAUUUGUGAUAUUUGGUAAGUUAAGAGUCCUGAGUCUUGGAAUUUUACAUAUGUCUUUGGCUUUAAAUAUAUGUCUUCAAAGCACCAAGGAAUAUAUUAUAAUUACUCAAAUAUGAGUACUGUACAGUAUUGAACCAAAAGCUUAGUUCAUAAUUCUUUACCAGUGAGUCAUUACUCAAGGUUAUAGUAUCCUCUUAAUUUUUGAAGAAAGCUCAGAAGUUAGUCAUUCGAAUGCCUACAUUCCCUAAUCCUCAUAUUUUGUCAUUUGGAGUUACAAAGUAGUAAUGACACAUCAAAAUGAAUAGAAUUAUUGUUAAUUUUUCUUUUGGUACCGGGGAUCAAAUUUGUUAAUUUUUAAGUUGGCUUCUGAAUUGGAAAAGAAAAAAUCCUGGGAUUCUCUAAAGGAACAUUUAAUACAGUCCAUAUUUUAAUUUAUAGAAAGUGGGUAAAGAUACUGUGACCUCUUUCUGUCCAGUCUUUGUCUUACCAUGUAA